AUGGAUCCCUUUAGUAUUACCGUCGGUGCUCUUGGCAUCACGCAAUUUGCUUUAUCUAGCAUCGGUAACCUUCGUGAUCUUAUCAAUGGCCUUGACGAAGCAAAAGAUGUGAUACAAGAUGUGGCAUCUGACUUGGAAGCCAUACAGCUUCCGCUCUCUGCGCUCAAGAGUCUCCAGAUCUCUGAUGAUAAGACAUAUGUUGCAGCGAAAGAGGAUCUGGAGAACACUGGUGUUGCUGAAGCCGUGAACAAAUGUGGGCAGGCAUGUGCAGAUUUUUCUAAGAAGCUUGAGCAGUGGACAAAACAUUCUACUACUACGAAACUUUCCCUCAGAGAUCGAUUGUCGGUAGGCUUAUGGAAUAAAGAGAAGAUUCGGACCUUUAGGACACAGGUCCAUUCUUGUCAAGCUAUCGUUCAGUUUGCAAUUGACAGCACUCAGUUGAUUGUCCUGGUCCGGUCCGAAAAUGCGUCUAAAACUGCACGCCACAAGACAGAGAAACAACUGCGAUAUCUCGAGCAUGCUAUCCAGGAGCACAUCAAAGUUACAAAGAGAAAGCAAGACGAAGCUCUUCAGCGUAAAAACGCACUUGAAAACCCAGAGGAUGAAGAUGAAGACGACGACAGCGGAGCUCAGCGAGCUCUGGCUAUCCAAGAGACCAGCAAGCAGGCACGUUUACUGGAAGAUAACCAAACUGCCUCUGGAAUUGUUUCCCAAAUACUCUCGAGAUUGUCCAUCCCGGAGGUCAGCAAUACAUAUGAGGUUACUUUUUCAGGUAGUCAUAAUAGCGGUAUGCAGAUCGGCCAUAGUACGGGUACUAUCAAUUGGAACGGCGGUCGCACGUAA